CGUCUGUAUGCCUGUGUUUACAUUGUAGACGUCUUAUUUCAGUCUCAUACUGCAUGGUUUGCAGCCGUGUAACAAUACGCUUCUUUCGCCUAUGCUCACACGUUUGGGGGACAAGCUAAAUAAAUAUCUCCGACUCUUAACUGCUGGAUAGCUAAUGGCUAACCAGUCUAGCUGCCACUGAGGAUACAGCUAAUGAAAAACAGCACCAACAUCCAUAAAAUAAACACAACAGUGAGUGAGAAUGAUUGUCCUUUAGAUAUAUGUUACCGGUGCCCUUUUGCAAUUGUUGCAACUUACUUUAUUAUUGAAUACGAAAACAUAUGAAGCAAAGGAGUGUGUUGCUAAGCUCACCUUAAAUGCACUUUUACCUGACAGUGCAUGUCUGAUGUGGGCAUGGCUCUAUUAUCUAACUGUGCUGCUCUGUGCUCCUCGCCGCUUUUGUGUUAUUAACAUGUUUGUUUGUCAGCCACCAUGAGAACAGAAUGGCUGGGUCAGUUCCUGCUGAGGAAAAUAAAACCAUAGCACACAAAAUAUUUCGAAAUAAUCCAAGAAAACCACAGAACAAUUCAGUGGAGACAAUGGGAACGCACCCAGAAAUCUGCCAAGAGACUGAUGUCUUCAGUGAUGAUAGAUGCAUCAUGUCCCCAGAGAGUCGGUUUGACUGUGCCAGAGACAUGGUCCUCAGCCAGAGAGAGUGUGAGAAGAGGGGCUGCUGCUAUGACCCCUUGCCCAACUUUGCAGGACCACCUUGGUGCUUUUACCCCCAUUUGUAUCCUGGGUACAAAAUGGGUCCCCUCACUCCCACUCUGCGAGGACAGUCAGCCACCCUGACUCGUGCCACCCCCUCCUAUCUCCCCAAAGAUAUCCCCACUCUCCACCUAGAAGUCACAGAGGAGACUGCAGGCUGCUUGCACCUCACUCUGAAGGACCCGUCCUCUCAGCGGUAUGAAGUUCAGCUCCCCGCUGGUGUCCCUCAAAGGAAAACGGACAUCAAAGAUGUCCUCUAUACCAUUGAAUACCAGUCUGACCCAUUCGGCUUCAUAGUGCAGCGUAAAUCCAAUGGGAGGGUGAUUAUGAAUACCACAGUUGCUCCUCUGCUGUUUGCUGACCAGUACCUGCAGCUGUCCACCACACUGGCCUCCUCUCUCGUUUCUGGCCUUGGAGAGCAUUAUACCUCCCUCAUCCUUAACCUUAACUGGACUUCUCUGACUCUCUGGAACAGAGACAUGGCACCUCAUGCUGAUGCUAACCUCUAUGGUUCACAUCCGUUCUACAUAGUGCAGGAGGAGGAUGGUCUGGCACAUGGAGUUUUCCUUCUCAACAGCAAUGCCAUUGAGGUGGUGUUGCAGCCAACCCCUGCUUUAACCUGGGUGUCCACAGGGGGAAUACUGGACCUGUACAUCUUUCUGGGUCCUGACCCUCAAAGUGUAAUACGACAGUACCUCCAGGUCAUUGGCUAUCCUAUGAUGCCUCCCUAUUGGUCACUUGGCUUUCAUCUUUGCCGCUGGGGUUAUACAACCACAAAAACGACCCGCAAGGUGGCCCAACGCAUGCAGGAUGCCAACUUUCCAAUGGAUGUGCAGUGGAAUGACCUGGACUAUGCAAAUAAGCGCAGGGUAUUCACAUUUGACCCCUGGCGAUUUGGGGACCUUCCAGAGAUGGUAGAGGAGUUCCAUAAGAGAGGCUUGAAGUACAUCCUCAUUCUGGACCCUGGGAUCAGCAGCACCAGUCCCCGUGGAACUUACCCUCCAUUUGAUAAUGGACUUAAACAAGAUGUCUUUAUUAAAAAUGCUACAGGACACAUCCUAAUAGGGGAGGUUUGGCCAGGUCCAACAGCCUUCCCUGAUUUCACUAACCCAGACACCAGGCAGUGGUGGGAAGACUGCAUUAGAGAUUUUCAUUCUAAAGUUCCAGUGGAUGGUCUGUGGAUUGAUAUGAAUGAACCAGCCAGUUUCAUCCAGGGCUCAGUCGAGGGCUGUCCUGACAACGAUCUAGAGAGCCCGCCCUACACACCCAGGGUGGUUGGAGGCCAGUUGAACUCAGGAACUCUUUGCAUGUCAGCUCAGCAAAGGCUGUCCACCCACUACAACCUGCACAAUAUGUAUGGACUGACAGAAGCCUAUGCCACUCACAGUGCUCUUAAGAAUGUACGAGGGAAGAGACCCUUCGUCCUGUCUCGCUCCUCCUACCCUAGCAUAGGACGCUUCUCCGGAGUGUGGACAGGAGAUGUCAGGAGUGACUGGGAGCAACUUCGAUAUUCCAUCCCUGCGGUGCUGCAGUUCAGCCUGUUCGGGGUGCCUCUGGUGGGGGCAGACAUCUGUGGAUUUGGAGGCAACACAACUGAGGAGCUGUGUGUGCGAUGGAUGCAGCUAGGGGCCUUUUACCCAUUCAUGAGGAACCACAACGAUAGGGAAAACGCUCCACAGGAGCCUUAUGUAUUUGCAAAGAAGGCCCAGGCAGCCAUGCGCAGUGCACUGAACCUUCGUUACUCCCUUCUCCCAUUUCUAUAUACACUCUUCCAUCAUGCCCAUACUACUGCUGACACUGUGGCCCGACCUCUCUUUAUGGAGUUUCCCACUGAUCCUAACUGUAACACCAUAGACCGACAGUUCCUGUGGGGGAGUUCACUUCUCAUUAGCCCAGUUUUAGAGCAAGGGGCAGUAGAGCUGGCUGCUUACCUGCCCCCUGGCACAUGGUACAGUCUGCACAAUGGUCAGCCUUUCUACAGUAAGGGUCAGUAUCUGCUCCUGCCAGCCCCGUUGGACACCAUCAACGUCCAUGUGAGGGAGGGACACAUUAUCCCCCAGCAGGAGCCCGCUUUGACAACGACAGCUUCACGGAGAAACCCUUUCUUCCUGACAGUGGCACUUAAUGCAGGAGGCUGGGCCUGGGGCGACAUUUUCUGGGAUGACGGGGACAGUCUUGACACCUACGAAAUGGGGAAUUAUUGUUACGUUAUUUUCAUUGCUGGACAGUCUCAGGUUGUCAGCGACCCUUUCAGGCUGAACGGGGACCUGGACGGUCUGGUGUUGGGAGGGCUGCAGGUGUUUGGAGUGCCCUCACCACCCCACUAUGUAUUAGCCAAUGGGGAGACAGUCAGGGAUUUUACGUACCGCAGUGACACUAAGGUUUUGAAAGUGAGUGGUCUGGCCUUGCCCAUGUCAGAGGUGUUUACAGUCCAAUGGGCUCUCUGAUGCACUGAACUUCAUUACCCAUGAGCCUCUGGGAACUGAUGCCCCUGAAAGCCGUAAUUUUCUGGACUGACAUCAGUAGAUUUCUCCUGAGCCAGUCCGCCCGUCCCAGCACCUUACACAUGUUGUGCCAUUUUUUUCCCCAAUUGGCAAGCUUUGUAAGCAGCAGGUUUUUAAAUAUGUGAUGAUAUCAAACCAUUGGAUCUAUCAUCUUGAUGUAUCUGGUUCUCUUGCUAACUCAUUUUUGCUGCUAACUGCUACACUUAAUCAAGAGUGUAAUGUCUUGGAAAUGUGAAUAGCUUUUCUAGCUAUUUGUAGUUCUUUAUAUUUUUGUAAAACAUGUUUAUGAAGUCUU